AUGUCAGGUAUGGACUCAUCAGAGCAACGCCGCAAGCGGAAGCGCAUGCUUCGGUCCUACUCACAAGCAAAGCACUACUUGUCCCUGAGAAGGCCUCUCAUUCUCUGCUUCUCCUUCUUCAUCUUCCUCUUGCUCCUCUCCUCCGAACGCUUCCGUCCGGCGUCGUUUCGGCCCGUCCUCACCGCCUCCACCACCACCCUCUCCCUCCUAUCCUCCACUGCAAGCAAUUCGAUUCUCGAGUCUUUCACUAACAGAAACAGCAACAGCAACACCAGAGACUCGUCCUCUCUUCGAGUUCAAGAUCGAAUCUUGUUUCCCGAUCACGUUCUUCUCAUUGUGCCCAAUAGGUUUCGCCAAAACGACCAAUUGGAGUGCGUUUACCAUAGAUUAUCCAACGGUUCAGAUGAGCUUCUUCAAGAUGGAGAAAAGAAUCCGCACCUGGAUUUUGCUAUUCGACCGGUUUUGUCCACCGACGUCUACGACGAGCUCCGUUCCAUAGCAAGGUGUCCGCUGCCGUCGAAUAAUUACUCGGAGGCCGUCGAUUUGAGGAGGCGUGGCGGCGGUUACGAUUGGACGGCUGGGAUUAACGGGACGGCUUAUCCUUGGGACAGAGUAGUUUACGAGGCGGUUAUUGAUGGAGACACGGCGGUUGUGUUCGUUAAGGGGUUGAACCUCAGGCCCCACAGGAAAUCGGAUCCGACCCGACUCACUUGCCAUUUCGGGUUGGGCAACAAUGGCAAUUGGGAAAAAGACCAGGGUUUUGUGCUCACCACUGAAGCUGUCACGGCCGCUCAGGAAGUUGUCCGGUGCUUGCUGCCCCGGACUAUCCGAAACAACCCGGAUAAGAUCCAUGGAGUUCGGGUCACGAUUGGUUACAACACUGGCAGCGCCAGAGCUCCAGUUCAUGUCACUCUGCCUUCUGUGGCCACAAUUUACAGUUCUAAAUCCACUGUGAGAAACGAAAAUCAAAAGAAGAAGAAGCACGAGCUUUGUGCUUGCACCAUGUUGUGGAACCAAGCACCAGCGCUAAAAGAGUGGGUUAUGUACCACGCUUGGCUUGGAGUUGAGCGCUGGUUCAUUUACGACAACAACAGUGACGACGGGAUUGAAGAUGUGGUUCAGGAGCUAGAGUUGCAGGCCUACAAUGUCAGCAGGCAGAGCUGGCCAUGGAUCAAAACCCAAGAAGCAGGCUUUUCGCGUUGUGCUUUGAGAGCGAGAGACGAGUGCCAUUGGGUUGGCUUCUUUGAUGUCGAUGAGUUCUUCUACUUCCCUAGGGCGUUUCGGCACCACAGAGGAGACGGUGUUCCUGGUGAAAACUCGCUUCGAAACCUCGUUUCGAAUUAUUCCUAUUCGCCCACGAUUGGGGAGAUCAGAACAGAUUGCCAUAGCUUUGGGCCAUCUGGGCUGAGCUCACAUCCAUCGCAGGGUGUCACUGUUGGGUACACUUGCAGGCUGCAAAGCCCUGAGAGGCACAAGUCUAUAGUAAGGGCAGAUUUGCUUGAUGUUACUCUGCUCAAUGUGGUUCACCAUUUUAGGCUGAGACAAGGUUUCAGGCACCUGAAUGUGCCUGAAAAUGUUGCUGUCAUAAACCAUUACAAAUACCAGGUUUGGGAGACUUUCAGGGCCAAGUUUUUCAGAAGGGUAGCAACCUAUGUUGUUGAUUGGCAGGAGGAUCAAAACCAGGGGUCAAAAGAUAGGGCACCUGGGCUAGGAACUGAGGCCAUUGAGCCACCCAAUUGGCGGUUGAGGUUCUGCGAGGUUUGGGACACUGGCCUUAAAGACUAUGUUUUGGGUUACUUUGCUGAUCCUGCAACUGGGUCACUGCCAUGGGAGAAGUCUCUUCUGUGA